AUGCUGGGAGGGGCGGGGCCUGCGGGGGGCGACGACCUGCUCACCGUGACCGUCGUCAGAGACGAGCACGGAUAUGGAAUGAAGGUGUCAGGUGACAACCCAGUGUACGUCCAGUCGGUGAAGGAGCACGGCGCGGCGUGGCGGGCUGGUCUCCGUGCGGGGGACCGCAUCCUCAGAGUGGACUGUGUGCCCGUACACAAGUACGCUCACCAACAGGUCGUGCAUAUGAUCAGAGCCAACCCCAGCACAGUGUUGACUGUACAACAGAACACGUCCCGUCUGAAGACACCCAUCACAGCGCCUGUACCGGUUAACUCGGAGAAGCAACGGCAGUUGGAAGUGUCUAAGGCGCAGACGGUGAGGCUGAUGUUGGAGCAAGAACAGAAGUACAUACGAGACCUGAGAAAUGACCUGCUCAAAGUACCGGACGUGAGGAAGCAGGCCCAGCUGGAGUCAGCGGAGCAGAGGUGCGCCAUACUACAACACGAGAUAGACACCAUCAUGGCGACGCAGCCGGACGCGGCGCCGCUCCCCACCACUCCGAAGCUGUCCCGGAAGGACCCGGAGCGCGCCAACAGCGGCUUCCUGUCCGCCCUACCGCGCUCACUCAGCAACCUGACCGGACAGAGUCUGCGCAACCUGCGGCAGAAGAAGGACCAGCAGCUCGUGAGGCAGAACUCGGACGAGCGACACAACCAGCCCGCGCCCGCCGUGCCCACCACCUGCCUCGACAACACUCCGCCGCCGCCGCUCCCGCCGAGACGACCUCCCCCCACCACCGCCAACAAGCCCGCCAAGUAUAAGAAGCACCCCGGACAAUCAUAUUCCGCGGACAGGUUCCGUCGCUCGUCACAGUCGCUAGACGGAUCUCUUGAAGGCCCCGAGCCUAACUCUAUCGCCCUACAAUUGUACUACCCGCUAGUGAACGCGCCACCGCCGCCGCUACUGUGUGUUUUACCUCGUGGUAUAUGUUCCUCAGCCAGCGCCGUCUCUCCGGGGGACAGUGAGUGUUGGUCGGGGGGCUCCCCGCCGCUGGUGACUCCGCCCCCCGGGACCCCGCCCCCGCCUUACCAUCACCCCACACAGCCGUGCGCGGAUCCUCAGCGAGCCAUCAUAUCUAUGGAGGAAGAUGAACCGCCCACCUCGGAGUCUUCAACUCCGGGUCCGUUCUCAAACCUGCAGUCCGUGUUGGAGUCCCGCGCCCGGACAGCUGUCUUACUUAACUGGCUACUGGCUGAGAGCAGAUGUGCCAGCGCCGCUCUCCUGCUUCUUCUAACAGACGCGUACCGCUCCGCGCCCCCUCCCGUAGCAGCUCUACGUCGCUGGGCCUACGAGAUACACUCCACGUUCCUCAUGCCGGGCGCCGUGUUGCAGCUGUCAGGCGUGGACGAGAACAUGGCCAACGAGAUAGAACACGUGCUGGUUAACGAGUUCGACAAGGAGGAGCAGCUGAGGAGCGUGUUCCGCAAGGCGCGGCGGCAGGCCAAGGAGCAGCUGGCGCGCCAGCUGAGCGAGUUCCAGGUCAAGAGGCAGGUGGGGCUCGCCACGCUGUACGGGCCCGACGACCGCGUGCUGGACGCCUGCGACCACGACAAGCAGCAGGAGCUGGCGGUGGUGGAGCGUAUAAUGUGUGGUCGUCUCCGCGCCAUGUCGUCCAGCGUGUCGCCGGGCGCGGGCGAGGCGCACGGCGCGCUGCUGGCCGCGCUGGUCACCGCCGCGCUCUGUCUACAGUGCAGACCGGCGUCCGUGUUGGCGGCGGUGGGCGGCGCGCGAGCCUCCUUCCUACAGCGGGAGAAGCCUUACAGACAGAAACUGAAACAGAUCGCGAAACAACACCCGCAGCCGUUCGUGGUCCGCGGGCACCACCUCCAGCUGCAGGCCCUCACGUCCGUGGCUCACUGUCACCACUGCGACCUGGUCAUAUGGGGCCUGGCGCCGCAGGCAUACGUGUGUACUGACUGUAAGCUGCGCGUGCACCGCUCGUGCGCCCGCUCGGUGGAGGAGGGCUGCUGUCUGGACGGGGAACACUCCAACAACAGGAUCUCCAGGUUCAUGGAGAGGAUACACCCGCUGCCCGGUCAGGACUCGAGCGAGAAGAAGUCGAGGAAGUCAUCGGGCACCGCGCACUUUCUGAACAUGGAGCGUAGUUUCCGUAAGAUGGAGGACGACCCUCCGUGGGACGGCUCGCUCAACACGACACACGCACAAGCCGACGGUCACACGGAAUAUAGGACCGGGUUCGAUGAUAACAGAUUGUAUGGAAAGGGUGGUAGGAGGGUGCUAGGAGGGUGUUGUGAGGGUGUUAUGAGGGUGCUAGGUGGUCGUGAAAGUCGACUGAAGUUUCAGACUGAUGGAGUAUCGCUGGAAACGGCGCGCAGUACGGACGCGUUGUGA